CCAACUCUCGGUUGACGGCCACCCCGCAAAACCUCACAGGCAAUGGCGCUCUCCUCCUACUUGCUCGCCGGCAGCCGGGCAGCCUCCCCCUCCUUCCCAUCCCUCCGCCGCCGCAGCCACCACUUCCCUCCGUCCCUCCUCACUACCCCUCUCCCGCCCGCCCAGCGGUGGCGGCGCUCGCUCCGCUUCUGCGCCGCCUCCUCGCCCCCGCCGCCAGUGCCACCCGAGGACGAGGAGCUCACCGACUACGACUACGAGCUAUCAGAGACAACUGGAAAUUGCGACCCUUUAUGCUCCGUUGAUGAAGUUAGCUCGCAGUAUUUUGAAGCUAACUACAAACCAAAGAAUGAUCUUAUUAAAGCUUUAGCUAUUCUUGCAACAUCUUUGGCUGGGGCAGCUGCAAUAAACCAGUCCUGGGUUGCUGCUAACCAGGACAUUGCAAUGGUGCUAGUAUUUGCACUUGGCUAUGCAGGUAUCAUUUUUGAGGAAUCACUAGCAUUUAAUAAAAGCGGAGUUGGAUUAUUGAUGGCUGUUUGCUUAUGGGUUAUCAGAAGUAUUGGGGCUCCCUCGACCGAUGUAGCUGUUCAAGAGUUGAGUCAGAGUACUGUUGAAGUUAGUGAAAUAGUGUUUUUCUUGCUUGGUGCAAUGACCAUUGUGGAGAUUGUUGAUUCACAUCAAGGUUUUAAGCUGGUGACUGACAAUAUAUCUACUAGAAAUCCUAAGACUCUUCUCUGGGUGAUUGGCUUUGUUACCUUCUUUAUGAGUUCUGUACUCGACAACUUGACUUCGACUAUUGUCAUGGUGUCAUUGCUGCGGAAACUAGUACCUCCAUCAGAGUACAGAAAAUUGUUAGGCGCUGUUGUUGUGAUAGCGGCUAAUGCUGGGGGUGCAUGGACACCAAUUGGUGAUGUGACAACCACUAUGUUGUGGAUCCAUGGUCAGAUUACGACUGUAAACACAAUACAGGGCUUGUUUGUCCCCUCCGUAGUUUCACUGGUGGUCCCACUGGCCCUGAUGUCGCUCACCAGUGAAGCAAAUGGAUCAGAUCAGGCAUCUUCCAGUUUGCUAUCAUCAGAACAGAUGGCUCCUCGGGGGCAACUUGUAUUUGCUGUUGGACUUGGAGCCCUAGUGUUUGUUCCAGUGUUUAAAUCUCUCACGGGAUUGCCACCUUUCAUGGGGAUGCUCUUUGGUCUUGGGAUUCUCUGGAUUCUGACAGACGCGAUACAUUACGGAGAAUCUGGAAGGCAGAGAUUAAAAGUUCCACAGGCACUUUCACGGAUUGAUACACAAGGAAUUCUAUUCUUCUUAGGUAUUCUGUUGUCGGUCGGCAGCUUGGAAUCUGCAGGGAUUUUGAGGCAGUUAGCCAACUAUCUUGAUGCCAAUAUUCCAAAUGCUGACCUUAUUGCAAGUAUCAUUGGUGUUGCAUCAGCAAUUAUAGACAAUGUCCCACUUGUUGCUGCAACCAUGGGGAUGUAUGACCUGACUUCGUUUCCUCAAGAUUCAGACUUCUGGCAGCUUGUUGCGUUCUGUGCUGGUACGGGCGGCUCAAUGCUUAUCAUUGGCUCUGCAGCAGGAGUGGCUUUUAUGGGAAUGGAAAAGGUGGAUUUCUUUUGGUAUUUUCGCAAGGUGAGUGGUUUUGCCCUUGCAGGUUAUGUAGCCGGUAUCAUCACUUACCUAGCUGCUCAAAAUAUCCCUCUAUCUCUUCCCACUUCACUGGCAGAGAUUCCAUUUAUCACGGGUUCAUAAAAGGUUGACCAUGACGGUCCUUUAAGAAAGAGACAUUACUGUAGAUUGGAGAUGAACACACCCUAUUUCAGAAUGUUUUGGCAAAGAGGGGAUGUUUCCAACUUGGCUCAUAAAUACACGGGCUGAAAUGGUCGAGAAAUAAACCGUGCACUGAGCUCCACAUUUUGUGUAGCAAAACUGAAAGGCUCGGAGUGUAUGAUAGAAAAGUUAGGUGUGUGUAGCCUAGAGCAGAAUGAUCAUUUGUAAAUUAAGUUCGUAGCUGCCCUUAUCAACAAAGGAUAAAAACAUGGGCUUCAAACUCACGAAGAUCGGUUUUGACUUUUGAGAUGUCUACUUGUUGUAACGAUGAGCUUUCACGGUAUGCUUUUGGAAAGAGAGGAGAUCUGUCUGAUGAUA